AAGCGCGAAGACGUUGUUUUUCUGCUUAUAUUAUUUUCAAGCUUCUCUUGGCCCAUUGUUUAUUUUUUCCACUUUGUUUUUGUUUUGAGCUGCAAGUCGCGUUCGAGCAGUGUUUAUUUUUAUUUUUAUCGCCUUUACCGAUGAGCGCAAGUGAUUGAAAUUCUGCGCCAGUGCGCGCUGGUGUAAAAGAAGUGAGAAACGAUCGAGGAGUUGAACAACUAAAAAGACAGUCACAUAAUUGGAGGCAGCGAUUCGAAACGUUUCCAAAUGAAAUUGAAACACCUCGAAAAAAAAAAACAUCAAGCAGAGCCAGGCAAUUGCCAUUUGCGAUUCAGCGAUUGCGUAUCGAAUUGAACUUAAGCAAAUUGUGGCAUAGCCACCGCAACAUAUAGUACACCUGUGUGCUUUUUUAACCGAAGGUCGACCGCAUCUUUACAGGCUUUCGCCUCUGCGUCACUAUCCCAAGAAUGUGUUAAUUCGGCGGUGAUUCGACAUCAACAACAACAUCCAAAGCGACUGCCUAUACGGCGACAACAGCACUUUGCCGCCUGACGACACAAGAUUUGCAUAAAAAAGUAAACAAACGCGGCUCAAAGAAAACAAAAGAGAAAAACCGCUGACGAAAAAAUCAAAACAAAAUCAGCUCCAUACAUAUAUCAAUACAUUAGCUAUGAAAAAGACUAUCCCAUGACAACAAGCCAAACGUUAAAUAUUUUAACACAUAGUUAUGUAUCACUUAAUAUAUGUUUGAAGGUUAUGACAGUCAAAAGGAAAAAAGUAAAAGUAUCGAAAUGAUUGGACUACGGCCGCAUCGUAAGCGUUUGGAGCUGUUUUUAAUGGUACUGAUCGGCGUGGCCUGGGGCAUUCUAUUGUCCGAGUUGAUGCGAAGAUCCCACUGGCGAAAUCACAAGGAUCUGGUGAGGGUUAAAAGCAGCCCUUUCCCAACCAGUCGUCGGAUUAGUCCUUAUUCCACGGCUCCUUCCACCACCUCAACUUCCACUUCUACCUAUACGACGACCACCACAACAUCUUCAUCACCCAAUGUCCUGGCCUCCAAUCUUUUCAACGAGACACGGGUCCUUUGCAUGGUCCUAACCAGCCCCAAAACCCACCACAGCAAAGCUAUUCACAUCCAGAGAACCUGGGGCACUCGUUGCAACAAGCUGAUCUUCAUGAGCAGCAAGGCGGAUAAGGAACUGGGAACCGUGGUCCUCAAAGUGAGGGAGGGCUACUCAAACCUAUGGCCCAAGACACGGGCAUCGCUGCAGUAUGUCUACAAUCAUCAUUUUCGGAAUUACGACUGGUUUCUGAAGGCAGACGAUGACACCUACGUGAUAAUGGAAAACCUACGGGCCUUUUUAUAUGCCUACAGUCCAAGCAGCCCAGUUUAUUUUGGAAAUAAGUUUCGCAGCAAUGUAAAAGAGGAAUACAUGUCUGGAGGAGCGGGCUAUGUUCUGAGCAAAAUGGCCCUGCACCAACUCAUAAACGAGGGAUUUGUCAACAGCAGCAUCUGCAGCAAUCGCGGAUAUGGCUAUGAGGAUAUUGAACUAGGACGAUGUCUGCGGGGUGUUGGCGUGGUAGGUGGAGAUUCCAGGGACGAACAGGGAUUGAACCGCUUUAUACCCUUCUCACCGCUACACUGGUAUCCAGACGCUCCCAAAUGGUACCGACCACUGCUCUACUAUACGACCUCAAAUAUCACCAGUGACUGCUGCUCAAACUCGGCCAUCUCGUUUCACUACAACAAUGCCAAGGAGUUUUACGUUUUGGAGUAUGUUAUCUAUAAGCUAAGAGCUUUCGGCAUAUACAGAAUCCAGGAUCAUUUGCCGGCAAGGAAGUCCACAUAUAGCAAUAUUGAGACCAAACAAAUUGCAGUCAACAAUAUUGUGGUAGAAAAAAAUGUCACAGAACCAAAAGCCAUAAUCCAAAACUUAUCCCUCUAACAAAGAGUAAUUUAGUUUUAUAUUGACUGCAGCAGACAAUGCCAAAGAGUAAGACCAAGAUAUCAAAAAUUAUCUAAAACUACUCCUUUAAUUAAAAAACUGAGUUGUACAUAUUAUAUGGUUCUCAUUUAUUUAAUUAAUUUAGUUGUUAAUUAAAUUUAGUUUUUAAUAUGUUAGUUUACUUAUUUUUAUACCCUUGCAGAGGGUAUUAUAAUUUCAGUCAGAAGUUUGCAACGCAGUGAAGGAGACGUUUCCGACCCUAUAAAGUAUAUAUAUUCUUGAUCAGCAUCACUAGGAGAGUCGAUCUAGCCAUGUCCGUCUGUCCGUCUGUCCGUCUGUCCGUCUGUCCGUCCGUUUAUAUGCAAACUAGUCUCUCAGUUUUAAAGCUAUCUGCAUGAAACUUUCCCAAAAGUUGUCUUUCUAUUGCAGGUAGUAUAUAAGUCGGAACGAGGCGGAUCGGACGACUAUAGCAUAUAGCUCCCAUAGGAACAAUCGGAAAAAUAAAUGAAAAAAAAUUAUAACUUUGCUGUUUUUUAAUUUUUUGUUUAGUUCUUCGACAUAUAGUAAUGGUAAAAUAUUUCCGAUUUACGGUUUAAAUUUCAUCAAAAUCGGACGACUAUAGCAUAUAGCUCCCAUAGGAACAAUCGG